AUGGCUUCGAAGACCUUCAAAGAGUACACCUUGGAUGAGAUAGCUCUACACAACAAGGAAGGCGAUGUUUGGAUUAUCAUAGACUCGAAGGUGUAUGACGUAUCCAAAUUUGCCAACUUGCAUCCCGGUGGUCCUAACGUGUUUUUCGCGGAUGGUGUUGCUGGAAAGGACUCCACGCAAGUGUUCUUCGGGCUUCACCGCCACGAGGUGCUCCUUAAGCCUCAAUAUGCUCGUCUUCAAAUCGGCAAAGUGCAGGGCCAGGAAGAAACUAUCAAAGCACCCCAACCUGGAGAACUUAGCCGAGUCCCUUACGCUGAGCCAACAUGGCUGACUAGCGGCUAUUAUAGUCCUUACUACUCUGAGAACCAUAGGAAGUUCCAAACGGCCGUACGCACGUUCUUCACCACCGUUGUGCAACCCGAAGCAGUCAAAUGCGAAGAUAGCGGCAAGCGGAUACCUCAAGAGGUGGUGGAUAAGAUGAGCGAAACUAAUAUUAUUGCAAUGCGUCUGGGACCAGGAAAACAUCUCCAGGGCCGUAGCUUAAUGGGUGGACUUGUAAAACCAGAGGAAUUCGAUUACUUCCAUGAGUCCAUCAUUCACGCUGAGUUGGCACGCGUCAGCAGCAGAGCUGUCGUAGAUGGAUUGCUGGCCGGUCUUGUAAUCGGUCUUCCGCCCAUCCUGAAUUACGGUUCACCAGAACUCCAAGCCAAAGUUGUCCCUGAUGCACUGGCAGGGAAGAAGUACAUUGCACUGGCAAUCAGUGAAGCUUUUGCUGGAAGUGAUGUUGGCGGGCUCCAAACGACUGCUGUCCGGGAUGGAGACUACUGGGUUGUGACGGGGACGAAGAAAUGGAUUACCAACGGAACUUUCGCAGACUACUUCACAACUGGGUGUAAAACGGACACAGGAUUUACGGUUAUCCUCAUUGAGCGUGGACCAGGCGUCUCAACGAAACAAAUCAAAACUGCAUACUCCUCCGUUGCCGGAACAGCGUAUGUUACCUUUGACAAGGUACGCGUCCCGGUGGGGAACACUCUGGGCAAGGUUGGUGCCGGAAUGUCUGUCAUCCUCAGCAAUUUCAACCAUGAACGUUGGAUGGUCUGCGCUACGUCGCUUUCUGCCCAGCGUCUGAUCGUUGAGGAAUGGUCAACGCAACGUAUUGUGUUCGGGAAACCUUUGACUUCCCUCGCUGUGAUCAGAUCGAAGCUGGCCGCCAUGAUCUCUCGAGUGGAAGGCUGUCAGAACUGGUUUGAGUCCAUUACACAUCAAAUGAACAACAUGACCUACAGCCAACAAUCUGACAAACUCGCGGGUCCCAUUGGCUUACUCAAACAGUACAUCUCAAGAUCAGGGCGCGAAACGGCAGAAGAUGCCACUCAAGUAUUUGGCGGCCGAGCAUUGACGGUUACUGGGAUGGGUAAAUUGGUUGAAAACUAUCACAGAACCUCAGGCUUCGAUGCCAUCCUUGCUGGUGCCGAAGAUGUGUUGGGAGAUUUGGGUGUACGGCAAGCGCUGAAAAAGAUGCCUCGCGACUCACGGUUAUAA